AUGGUUCAGUCCGCAGUUUUGGGUUUCCCCCGUAUGGGCGUAAACCGUGACCUGAAGAAGGCAACUGAGGCUUACUGGGCUGGCAAGCUCUCCCAAUCUGACCUCCUCGCCGAGGCCAAGCGCCUGCGAUUGGCUCACUGGAAGAUCCAGAAGGAUGCCGGUGUCGACAUCAUCCCCAGCAACGACUUCGCUCUUUACGAUCAAGUCCUUUCACACAUCCAGGACUUCGGUGCUGUACCCGAGCGUUACAGCAGCUCGAACCUCGAUGCCGUUGACGAGUACUUCGCCAUGGGUCGUGGCCACCAGAAGGGUGGUGUCGAUGUGCCCAGUUUGGAGAUGGUCAAGUGGUUCGACUCAAACUACCACUACGUCAAGCCCACUCUUCAAGACAACCAGAACUUCAAGCUGAGCUCCAGCCCCAAGGCUGUUGCUGAGUUCACAGAGGCCAAGGAGGCCGGUAUCAACACAAGACCUGUCCUUGUCGGACCCGUCUCUUUCCUUCACCUUGGCAAGGCCGACCGUGGCCAGAAGGUCGACCCCAUUGAUCUCUUGGAGAAGCUCGUUCCCGUCUACGAGGAGCUCCUCACCAAGCUCAAGGAGGCUGGUGCCGAGACCGUCCAGAUUGACGAGCCCGUCCUCGUCUUGGACCUUCCCAGCAAGACCAAGGCUGCCUUCAAGCCUACAUACGAGAAGCUCGUUGGCCUGGGUGACAAGAUCCCCAAGCUCGUCUUCACUACCUACUUCGGUGACAUUGUGCACAACGUUGACCUUGUCCCCAAGGACAUCUACGCUGUCCACGUUGACCUCGUCCGAAACCCUGAGCAGCUGGAGACCGUCCUUGGUGCCUUGGGCCCCAAGACCAUCCUCUCUGCCGGUGUUGUCGAUGGACGUAACAUCUGGAAGACCAACCUGAAGCGUGCCAUUGAGACUGUCGAGACUGCAGUCCAGAAGCUCGGAAAGGAGCGCGUCAUCGCCGCCACAUCCAGCUCUCUCCUUCACACUCCCCACACACUCUCCAGCGAGAAGAAGCUGGAUGCCGAGAUCAAGGACUGGUUCUCAUUCGCCUCUGAGAAGGCUGUUGAGAUUGCUAUCAUUGCUAAGGCUGUCACCGAGGGUCCUGCUGCCGUCCGUGAGGCUCUCGAGGCCAAUGCUAAGUCCAUCAACGCUCGUGCUACCUCCGAGCGCACCAACGAUGCUGCCGUCAAGGACCGUCAGUCCAAGAUCCAGGAGGCUGACUACAACCGCAAGUCUGAGUUCACCACCAGAAUCUCACAACAGCAGAAGAAGCUCAACCUGCCUCUCUUCCCUACUACUACCAUCGGCUCCUUCCCCCAGACAAAGGAGAUUCGUGUGCAGCGUGCCAAGUUCACCAAGGGUGAGAUCACCGAGGCUCAGUACGACAAGUUCAUCGAGCAGGAGAUUGACAUGAACGUCAAGAUCCAGGAUGAGCUUGACCUGGACGUCUACGUCCACGGUGAGCCUGAGCGUAACGACAUGGUCCAGUACUUCGGUGAGCGCCUCAAGGGUUACGCCUUCACCACCCACGCCUGGGUCCAGAGUUACGGUUCCCGAUGCGUCCGUCCCCCGAUCAUCGUCGGUGACAUCUCUCGUCCCGCACCCAUGACCGUCAAGGAGUCCAAGUACGCCGUCUCUGUCUCCAAGAAGCCCAUGAAGGGUAUGUUGACUGGACCCGUCACUUGCUUGAGAUGGUCGUUCCCUCGUGACGAUGUCCACCAGUCCGUCCAGGCUGAGCAGCUUGCUCUUGCCCUCCGUGACGAGGUCGUUGACCUUGAGAAGGCUGGCGUUGACGUCAUCCAGGUCGAUGAGCCUGCUCUGCGUGAGGGUCUUCCUCUGCGCUCCGGAAAGGAGCGUGAGGCCUACCUUGGCUGGGCCGUCAAGGCUUUCCGCCUCUCCACCGUUGGUGUCGAGGACUCUACCCAGAUCCACUCUCACUUCUGUUACUCUGAGUUCCAGGACUUCUUCCACGCCAUCGCUGCUCUCGAUGCCGAUGUUCUGUCUAUUGAGAACAGCAAGUCUGAUGCCAAGCUCCUCAGCGUCUUCGUUGACUCUGCCUACCCCCGUCACAUCGGUCCUGGUGUCUAUGACAUCCACUCUCCCCGUAUUCCCAGCGAGCAGGAGAUCAAGGACCGCAUCGAGGAGAUGCUGCAGUACCUCAAGCCUGAGCAGCUUUGGAUCGACCCUGACUGUGGUCUGAAGACCCGUCAGUGGAAGGAGACCAAGGAGGCCUUGGUCAACAUGGUCAACGCCGCCAAGUUCUUCCGUGCCAAGUACGCCAAAUAA